ACACACCCCGGCUCGAUCAGCUGCUGCCAGUCGCUCGAGCUCCUCUCCCCCCCAGUCCCCCGCUUCCCUCGCGCUCUCAUCCUGCACCCCGUCUCUCUCUCUCGCGCGGCAACAACAAGCGGGAAAACCACCUCAUUCCUCGCAGCAUCAAAGGCUAACCCCGCAUCGCUAAAGCUAGCGCUCCUACGUGUUUGAAUCGGCGACGGCGUGCGUGCGUGGCUCCUCCCCCCCCCCCCCCGUGUUGCGGUUGUUGUCGUCGUUGGGUGCCUGCAUGAGUGAAAGAGGUGUGAGCAUGUGUGCCGACUUGAAAGGAAGAGUGAGGAUGCGUGGUGGGCAGAUGUAGUGAGUGUGUUGUCGUGAGAGUCGUGUUGUACUUGUAGCGUUUCUCUGUGGACGACGGCCGGACCGGCUCGAUUAGCCUGCUGCCGGGAUGUCUUCUUCUGGGGGUUCAACGGACGGGAGCCAGAGAAACUCUCUGGAGCUGGACGGGGGGGCGCAGGGCCAGCGGGGGCCCCCUGCGGAGCCGCCCGGCGUGGGGGGCCAGGUGAAGCUGAAGAGGUACAACCUGGAGGACAACUUCCACCACGACAUGGAGCAGUACCUCUCCACGGGGUACCUGCAGAUCGCCGAGAGGAGAGCGCCGAUAGGCAGCAUGUCGUCCAUGGAGGUGAACGUGGACAUGCUGGAGCAGAUGGACCUCAUGGACAUGUCUGACCACGAGGCCAUGGACGUGUUCCUGCACACUGGCGGGGACGACAACAGCGCCGCCUCCCCUGUCACAGGCCCAGACAUGGAGCCCUACACCACAGAGAUCAGCCUGAAGGUGCCAACCCAGGCGGAGCUACGUCACAAGCUCUCCUCCCUCUCCCCCACCUGCACCGACAGCCAGGACACCGAUGGAGGAGAGGAAGAGGACGACGGAGAGGUGGAGGAGCAGGGGGGAGGUGGAGGACACAGCGGGAGGAGCAGUGGCAGUAGUAGUAGUAGGAGGAGGCCCAAGGAGGCGGGGGGGCAGGGGAGAGCCAGUAAGAAGCCGGUGGGGGCUCCUCUUGGGAAGAACUGAAGAGGAAGGUGGAGCUCAAGACUCUUUUGGGUGGAGUAGAGAAAGUGAGACACACACACACACACACACACACACACACAUUGAAGGACGUGACUUUUCUUUGCAUAUUGGACUGUUUUUUAAGCUAUUUCUCCACUUGGGGUUGUUCUCAUGAUUUCAUGUUAAUUCAGGGGCCAAUAUCCCAACUUGAUUUUAAUUAUAUUGAUUAUUUAGCGGUUUAAUCCAAAGAGACUGAAUAUUUAGGAGCUGGCAGGAUGUUGAGCGUCUUGCUCUUAAGGGUGCUUACAGGUUAGACUACGGACAUUGGAAAUCGAAGCCGGUACCUUCUGACAGGGAGUCAAUGACGUCUCUGUAUCGUAACAUAAAAAUGACACACUUGCAUUGAACCGACGCAUCAAAAUAGCUUUGCGAGAAGCAGAAAAAGAUGGAUCCGUUUACAAUAUCCAAUGGUGUUUUAUCCUGAUGUUUACAACCAAAUAAAGGAACUGGAAAAUAUAUAAAUAUUUGAGAAUAUCGUGGUUUGAACUAGUUUGAGACAUGUUUAUUUAUUUGGGGUUGAAGUCUUUAGAUGAUACAUGCUCUUUCAAGCUUUAACUGAAGAAAGCACCCGUUAUGAGUUCAACUAGCCAUCAUAAUAAACAGUCUAAUAAAAGCUGAAUAAAUAAAUAAAAAGCAUACAAAUUAUAAACGUAUUUUUGUAUUGAUAAUAACACAUGAUUACAAUUAAGAAAUAAACUACAAUUGCUUCGGUGACCUACAUUUAUAACAAUCCCAUACAAACACCAUCUCCCAGGAUUCUUUGCUUCCCAGAUCAGAACAGUGGGGAGGACCUCUGCCGAUAACCCCCAGGACUUGAUCCAGUCCACAGCAACGGAACCGCCCGGAACCAUAAUUAAUUUACAUGCCUGUGGUGUUGGCCAUUACCGUCUCAAACUUCUCUUUUGCGGAGAAAUGUUGAUUUGUGCGUGUGACUGCAGCAUCCUCCAUUCUCCGCCAUAUCUCUGGACUUCUUUACGCUGAAUCGCUUUCUUGAUGGUAAUAAACUCUUCAUCCCCCCCGGGACGGAUUGCGGGAAAAUACAGCGCUGGGCAGGGGAAUUGAACCGGUGUCCCCGUCUCUGUGCGCUCAUCGGUCCGAUUUAUAUUGUGCGACACGGAAGUGAUAUUUACAGCAUAGUAAAUUGUCUUUUUUAUCCCCUAUUGGAGAACCGUAAUGCUUUAACGGUGUGUGUUUGGGUUGAGCAUUUAUAUUUAAUGACCUUUGUGAUGGCACAAACUAAUGCAAAUUCAGAGUUGACUGAGCGGCUAAAUGCCACAUUGAGCUCAGAUGCCCGGUGGAGAACGAGGCAUGGUGGAUUAAAUAAAGUAAUUAUGAAAAUAAUUAGGAUGGCGACUUUGGUUCCAACGUUAACAUUCCAGACGUUUCAAUAAAUCAAUCUUUGCAGUCAUAUGAAUACACUGUUGGCGAUAUGUUGAUGAGCUGUUUUAAAAACAUUCAGUCCAAGUCAGGAGGCUACUAAUUCUACUAUUUUUGAUAUGGUUGGUGAGCUUUUCUUUUUGCCCCGUUUGUGAUAUCGUGUGAUUGUUCAAUUGAAAUGUGGUUAAACCCAUAACUUGUUAUUGAUUCAUGUUCAUGUAACAAUAAUUCACCCACCCAUACAGACUCUCCCUUUAAAUGGCGUUUGUCUUAAUAAACUCCUGUGAGCCCUGUCAUAUACGGUAGUUAAUGUGCUUGCGCAUAUACUGGGGGUUAUACGGGAGGUUAGCCUUAGAGAUGUGAGCGAGACACACGGCAGUUAAUAAACCUGAGUUGAGCAUC